CUACAUCCGUUGUCAGGGUAGAGCACGCGCCCAUUUCCAGGGCGCUACUCGCGGAAUUUCUGUCCCUCUUCAGCACCGCCUGGACGCUCACACCAUCACAAUGCCUCGGGGAGCAUCACUCCCGACGCCUGCGUCGUCGACCGAUAUCAAAGGCCAGGACGGCUCCAAAAUGGCCUCGCUGCAGCUCUCUUUCGAGCUGCCGCCGCCUGCCGUGACAAACACCGAUUCCAACUCAUUGGGAACGGGGUUUCCGAUGCAGGCAAGCGAAACAGUCAAGUCCAGGAGGCGCUCGUCGGCAGCCGCCAGCGGUCCGCAGAAAGACCAAUUUGCUCUCCCCCCUCCGCCUACACGCUCUCGCAAGAUCAUCCAGAUGAAGCCCCGUGAGGAGCCAACUCCCGCCGCGGCUGCUGCGGGCUCAAAAGGCACUUCCAAGGGCUCCGCUGCGGCCACUUCUACGACGGCGGUAGCAGGUACCAAGAGAAAGCAGCCAUCGGCAACGAGCGCCGCCGGGAGAAAGAUUGCGAGGAAAACGGCGCAUAGCUUGAUUGAGCGUCGGAGGCGGUCAAAGAUGAAUGAAGAGUUUGCCGUCCUCAAGAGCUUAAUCCCAGCGUGCACGGGAGAGAUGCAUAAACUGGCCAUCUUGCAGGCUUCCAUCGAAUAUGUCCGGUACUUGGAGGACUGCGUCGCCAAGCUCAAAUCUCAGCACGGUGCCGAGAUAAAAACGGACACGGAGCCCAGGUCGGCUCAGCCAAGUCUGCCGUCACCGUCCUUUGGUGGCUCGUACAACCCAGACCGUAGCUAUGCACCCACAGCGAAUUCACGGUCGCCCGACGUGGAGAUGACCAACACUUCGGGUGCCCCUUCUCCCGGCUCGACACCGGUUGCGGGGCGGUCGCAGCGCCCUUCGAUAUCCCCGGCUCUGCUCCCGGAAACUUCACGGAACCGCCAGGGUUCCUACUCAUCCGCGUCAACCGAGUAUCGUCUCCAUGGUUACAGCACGCCGUCGACCACGUCACCAGUGUUCGGCCCUCAGGUGUAUGCAGACGCACACCGCCCGCAUUCGGCGUAUGGCUCGGCAUUGACGAGCCCUGCUUUGCCGCCUCAAAGGGACCUUGACCAAGAGGCGACAGCUGCUCUGUUAAUGCUGAAUCAAAUGGACAGACGCACCAGCACCAGCGCUGGUCGAGGGAUGAGCGUCCAGGAUUUGCUCAGCAGUUGAGGCAAUCUGGCCGUGCGGUGUUCGAGAGAAACCGGGUAUCGCCGUAUUGUUAGCCGCUAUGCUAUCUUUUCUAGAGUUAACUCAGGCUCAUGCGUGAUUAGCUGCUCUCGGCUCGGGGGCUCGGUGGCGGAUGCUGGCGCGAGCAACAAGAGGUUCAAGAUGCCUAGGCCAGCCGCAACCACGCUCGAAAUGGGGCGGAACUUGACAUGGAC